AUGCAGCCAUCAUCACCAACAUCACCAGUAUUCUCUGAGGCCGCUUCGAAGACCGAAACUAUGGCGCAGCAAGGAACGAGCACGCUUGAGCAGCUCCAAACGCCACAGCAAGUCGAACUACUCGACAAAAUUGACGAGCUCCGCCACCAAGGGCUAGGGCACCAUGGAAUCAGCUUGCCUCAGCUGAUCGUCUGUGGAGACCAGUCUUCCGGUAAGAGCUCACUCCUUGAGGGACUCACUCAUCUUCGGUUCCCUACCAAGGAGGGCAUGUGUACUACGUUUGCAACCGAAGUGGUGCUUAGAAGAGAACCGGAUAUUGAGAUCUCAUGCACCAUCACACCUGGCAAAUCGAGAUCGCCCACUGAGCGACGCGAGUUGGCGAAAUUCAAGCGUACUUUUCCGUCCCGCGAAAGCUUCCUGUUCGAGUCUGUGACGGAACAGGCAAAGGAACAGAUGGAACGCGGCGCCAGGUCAAGCCGUGUAUCCAUUUUCGAAGAUGUCCUACGCGUUCGCUACUCUGGCCCCGAGCUUCCCUCUUUGACUAUUGUAGAUUUGCCUGGACUGUUCGAGACGGAGCUUGGUGGUGGCAGUGGUGCGGAGAGAGUUGCCGAGUUGGUGACAAGCUAUAUGCGCGAUGACAAGUCCAUCAUACUUGCAGUGGUAGUUGCAGACAACGAUCCAGAGAACCAAAAGGUCUUCAGAUAUCUCAAAGACUUUGAUUCGACUGGCGCACGUACGCUUGGCAUCGUUACGAAGCCAGACAAAGUUGAGCGGGGAGGCGAUAACGAGAAAGAGAUGAUGAGGCUUGUGAAGAAUCAAAAGCUUCCACUGAAGCAUCGGUGGCAUGCUGUGCGCAACCGAAGCUACGCAACAAAAGACCAAACACCCGCAGAACGCGACGAGGCCGAGCGCAUCUUCUUCAGCAAUGGCGUUUGGGCGUCUUUCCCAUCACAAGACGUUGGUAUUGCAGCUCUCCGAGUGAAGCUAUCCCAAGUUCUCUUAGAACACAUUGGAAGGGAAUUGCCAGAGCUCAUUACAGCCGUCCAAAGCUCGAUACAGACCACUGAGGUCGGUCUGAAAGCGUUGGGUCCGGUUCGCGACACGGCAGAACAACAGCGCAGCUAUUUGAUGGGCCAUGCGCAGAGAUUCCAAACGCUUACAAAUGAUGCGCUCAGGGGUAUCUAUAGCAAUCCUUUCUUUGCGCUAUCAUCACUAGACGAACCAGCGACAACAAGACUGCGUACAGAAGUGCAAAAUCUGAAUAUGGCAUUUGCUCAGACGAUGUACGUCAAGGGCCAUACCUGGAACAUCGGAUCUACACACGGCUCUUCAGCUCCCGUACCUUCUGACAAUUACUCGCAAGCUUUUCUGGAAUACAACAAUGAGUUCGACAAACCAGAAGUCAUCAGUCGCGAAGAUCUCAACUCACAUAUUGGCGAGCUUGUCAGGCAAAGUCGACCUUCAGGGCUACCUUCGCUCGUAAACCCGCUGGUCAUUGGGGAUUUAUUUAAGCAACAGUCCCAGCAUUGGUGUAAACAUGCCAAGCACCAUCUUCAACGUGUAUUCAAGGCCGUGACUGCCUACGUUGAGGAAGCGCUGGGAUCACUAAUGGAUCCGUACACAUGCAGCAUGCUGAUGCUCAAGCAGGUCCGCCCAGAGCUAGACAGGCGCUGGCGUAGCGUCGAAGCCAAAUUGGAAGAGCUUCUAGUGCCUUAUACCGAGCAGGAUCCUGUCACGUACGAUCCAAGCUUUGUAUACCAAGUCGAAGAACUACGAGCUGCCCGUUACGCUAGCAAGACGAAAGUCCAGGCUGGUGGUCCAGCAAGUGCCUCGGUGCCGUUUGUCUUUGGCGCUGGCGAUGAUGCCCAGAACUAUAGGCAGUCUGCCGAACAUCUCUUGACGGAGUCUAUCGACAACUAUGCGAACUCUGAGAUUCUUGAUCUCAUGCAAACUUACUACAAGGCCAUCUUCAUCAGCAACAUUGCCACCCUUGGAAUCGAGAAUUGUUUGAUCAAGGAUCUCUCUGCAAUAUUCUCUCCGACUCUGACUGCAGGCAUGGACGACGACAAGUUAUCCGCCAUUGCCUCUGAGUCUGAAGACAUACGCCAUGAACGUGCUACUCUGAAACAUAAGCUCAGUGUCUUGGAAUCAGGCAAACAAGUCUUGUUCGAGCACAUUGCAAUGCGUCCCACCAUUCGGACAACCACAAAGCCAGCUACUACUAGCCUCCGAUCCAGCAUGACCCCCAGUCGGUCCCGCACACAAAACUCGCGACAAGAUGAGCAGGAAAGAAGGGAUGCCACACCCGACGCUGAGGACGAAUUAUCGCGCCAGCUUGACAACCUCGUUGUGACGCCACCCUCACCUGCGUCUGCACUUGUGCGGUCUCGGCCCCGAGUCGAUUCUGGGACUGGGACGCCGACGCCGAAGAAGCAAGGUAGAAGGAGGUCACCGUUUGGAUGGCCGCCUAAGUAUGACGUUCCUAGGGCGACAGUCGAAGAUGCUUCUGAUGAUGAUUGA